AUGGGUUUAACUGAUACCCAAGUUGUCAUACCUGAUGAUGGUGUCGAGGAUCUAUUGACCUAUAAAAAGGCAAUGAAAGAUACUGACAAGGACAAAUGGGUGACUAACAGUGUCAUCGAGAAGAUCAGGGGAAGAAUGCAAGUUGCUCAGAGCCGUCAGAAGAGUUAUGCAGACCUCAAGCGUAAGGAACUCGAGUUUGUGGUUGGUGARCGGGUGUUUCUUCCUGUGGCACCCGUGAAGGGUAUUUUACGUUUUGGAAAGAAGGGAAAAUCAGUGCAAGUUGCGUAUAGGUUGGCCUUGCCACCAUCGUUGGCUGCAGUUCACAAUGUGUUUCUCGUGUCGAUGCUGAGAAAGUACAUCCAUGACCCUUCACACGUUUUGGAUCCUAAACUGUUACUGCUAGAUGAGUCUCUGUGCUAUAAAGAAGUACCUGUCAAAAUUUUGGCAAAAGAAACCAAGUUGUUAAGGAAUCGGACAAUUCACUUGGUUAAGGUUUUGUGGAGGAACCACCAAAUGGAAGAAGCUACUUGGGAACGGGAGGGCAACAUCAAGGCGAGAUACCCUGAACUGUUUGAUCAAUCAACUUUCGGGGACAAAAGUUUUUGA